AUGGACGACACUCUCUCCGACUUUUUGUCUAUCCCAUCCAGCGGGAUGAGCACCAUUGAUAUGCGCAAGGCCAGUAUCAUCAGCACCGACAGUUACACUGACGAGAAGUUUGACCACGUUCCAACUGGCUUAAAGCAGAAGGAGGUGAGUCUCGGAUUGAUGGGCAGUGUUUUCUCUUCAUUUCACUGUCUUCAAUUGUGAAGUCUAGUCAGUUAGGCCAAGCUUUCCAUAAUGACGACUCUGGACUGAUUGUGGUUCUUGGACACACCAGUACAAGUGGCGGAGAGGACAAAAUCUAAACACUUUUAAUUAUUCGGAGUGCAGGAUUGAGGUUAACUUUCGCUAGCUGACAAUGAAAAAGAACUUGAAUUAUGGUAAGGCGGUCGAGGGGGGCAUUUGCAGCGCAUCCUACCCACCUACAAGGCCUUUUCUCAUGGAAUACAGAUGGCAAAACAGGGGAACAUGUCGUGCGUUCAGUGUAGCGUAGGCUAUGCCGAAGAGUAAUGUGGUUAUGGCAAUCAUUACUAACGUAAAAACUUUAAGACAUAUUGCAGAGUUUUACUUUUACUAACACCUUUACUAGUGGACACAGAGACGUCUGGAUAAAAAUUAAGUUUUCUGGGCUGAAACAGACUGAAAUUUAACACGAAUUUCCAUGCAGUUUAUGGUACCUGCUCUCUAAUCUAGCAAUAAGUGUCGAAUUACUUGUUAACACAAAAUUUCCAACGAUGAGUUUGCAUUUUCGUUCUGUGGUACUAAAAACAGGCUAUAAGUGAGUCGAAGAAGUGUGGUGUGUUUAUUGUGCAUCGCCUAAAAGUCCUACCGUAGUAGAUUUACCUGGGGAGUGUUUCAGCGUUGAAGUUAUCUCACCAAAAAGCCCUGAUUUUGCAGUCAUCACAUAAAAUUCAAGGUAGUGGAUCCGACAGGCAGCAAAGUCGGACACUUGAUUAUUUAAGCAAAUACGCUUUCGAAGCCGAAAAACGUUAUAAGUGACAAAAUUACUAGUGAAAUAGGUUUUACGUUUUGAAACAAGGUCAAACAGGUAAGCUAUCGGUAUUGGCGUCAUUUGAUAGGGCAACGAAAGUAUUCAGAGGCCUGUAAUUGUAGCUACGAAAAUUUCUUUAAAUUAAUGGUGAAGGCAAUACCUGUUUUCCGUAAAGCCACGGGACUUACAAAUGAGUACUUUGAUAUUUUCUCUCAGUUGGCGGUUAGGGAAGACGAGCAUUUUGCAUUACUGAUAGACGUGUUAUGCUGUCAUUUUUGAAAAUCCAGCUCGUCAGGCUCUUUUCUGCAAUAUUGUUGUUGAGGUUAGGGAUGCCAAUUCCUCAGUACCUAUGUAUUUUUUCCGUUGUAAGUACUUUAAAAGUUGUUAGUCCGAAAAUUGCAGAUUUAUUUCAUGUUUUUUCGUUUAACUAUCAGAUAGGCGUCUUUCAGUCCUAGUAAAGUAUUUCCAAAUGACCGAAACUACUAAGAUUAAAAGCUAUUAUCUCUAUGCGUGUCUGGCGCUUUGGUUUUUAAGAGAUUAGACGGCAACACCAGAUCUAUCUGGGCUCCAGGCAUAGCACAGGGCUCCCAUCUUCUACCCUGUUAACGAACGAUGUUGAUGCACGCCAACUCCACAGGGUCUAGCAACUUUUCUGCAUGUGACUUUGUAUAAGAAGAACCUUUUCUUCCUAUAAUCAAUACGAAGUCUCAGGAAGUCAUUAAAUACUGCAUAUUUCAUUAUCUUUGCCUUGCUCAAAUGCAACUUAUUAGACUGCUCUGUCCCAUAUUAACAUGUUCCUAAGAUAUGUUAAAGGAAAUGACGGAAACUAUGCAUCUGACAUUACAGUAAUUCGUUGUCGACCUGCCCAUUCGUUUAUAUGGGCAUCUUUGUAUUCGUAUAUAACUCGUUUUACUAAGAUUACAAGGCUUUUUAUGGACCAUUUGGUGGGACACGAGAAUAGGAAGUCCCCCCCCCCCAUAAUAAAAGUGACCUUGUGCUAAAUCCCAGGGUUGAGUCUGGGGUAAUGGUUAAGCUUAGGGGCAAGUUUAGGGUUAGUGUUAGGGUUCGGAGGUUGGAAUAGAUACCCCCUGGGAUAUAGCGUAAGACAACUCGUGCUCUGGGGAGGGUGCCUGUUCUCGUGUCUUAGCAACAAUUUUUUCCAAACCAAGGACUUCAUAUAAGCCGUCGCUGACCAUGUAUUUACAACUUUUGGGACAAACUUGUUUGUGCUGCCUUCUCCUGAGAAGGAAACAGCUUUACUAUUGUAGGCUAUGAGGUAGAAGUUUAAACACAUGAAUCGGCGACGCCUGUAUACUUUACGCAUAGUGACAUUGUCUUAUUUCUAGGCUUGGGAGCUCCCCUUCUUCAAUUCGUCCUAUUUUAUGCUACGUAUUCGCUACUAUUUCGGCGAGAACAUCAUUCUGAGUUUCUUUUAAAUUUGUUUCAGUUGAGCACAGGAAUGUAAUCCUUCAUAUUGCGGAUUGCCUUGUCUAAAUUUUGUCGGGGAGGUGGGGUUAAGGGUAGGGCCUCAGUUAUCUCAAAACGAAGAUUGGCAUGUACGUCCUAGCUCCGCAUCUUUCGAAAGUCAGCCUCCUGAGAUAACUGAACUGUUAUAUAAUUAUACUGCAGGCUUAUUAGUUCUACAACCCUACUUAAUUAAUCUUUUCGAAACGAAAACGCAUUCCGGAAUUUCGGUUGACAUUUCAUGAGUUAGUUCACCUACUAUACGUGUUUUGAUUGACUCUCCCUAGGGCGACCAUUUAGAUAAAAUCCAGAUAACUUGCAAAUCUGUGGAAACAAUCUUUUAAAUCUGGUCGACCAAGCGAAAGCUUUUAUUGAGCCAGUUUUCAGCUUGUGAAGAAUAUUCUUACUCUAGAGAAAUGACGGCUUAUUUUAAAACAGUUUCUAUUAAUCAGUGUCCACUUUAUUAAGACGGACCGAUCUGAAAAUAGUCUCUUGGAAGUGCCAUAGCAUACUAAUUUUUGAAAACGGAAGCGACGCGAUAAAACAGAGUUCCACUUCAAAUAGGUUCUAGGAGAGAGUCGUCGUCGGAAGCAGUCUGCGUUUGACUUACAAAAUUUGAUUUCGCAAGGAAAUACGGACCACCGUAUCGGAAAUGCCCAGCUCCUUACUUUCACGGGGGGGGGGGGGAUUAGGAUUGAAUGUGAGACAUUGGAAUAGGCAUCCCCUGGAAUUUCACGUGAGGUCGCCUGUAGUACGUGGUGUUCAUAUCUCUGUGUGUGGCCCUUGACCCUCCUUGGAAAAUCGUCCAAGUCAUCCUUUUUUCAUUGUGUUUAGACUAAAAUGUUUGUUUUACUUCACAGGCGACCAAUAAUUUGGAAAGCUACACUGGCCAUAGGGCGUGCCAACUGUUGAAUUUCGCAAAGAAGUCUGUUUGCUAAAGAAUUCGCAAUACCUGUACAUUAAUUGCGUGCGCGAGUGAUAGCAGUGGGAGGCUCCAGCUGACUUUGCUUCAAAACAGGCCGAUUUUUGGAAAGACCUUUCAAAAUUUCCUUCUAGCUAGAAGUGCCGAAAAGAUCAAGAUCACGAAAAAACUGGCCGGACAUAGAAACUUGUAAAUAGCAUAACUCCUAGCAGAAAUAUUUGGAACAUACUUGGCAGUUAGAUGACACAUUUUGAAAACAAUUGUACAAUGAUAUGAAGGUUUCCAGUGGCUGUUGUUUGGCGGUAGAUUAUAUCUGAAGACGUUGCCGAAGUUAAUGAUUGAUUAGUCUGGGUUCGAACAAAUGUUGCUACAUUUAAAAGAUACCUCGUCGUCUCUACUCUUUUUUGAUCCACUUCGACCAAUUUAAUUAUAAAUAUUUCCAAAAAUACCUUGCUGAAUGACCUGGAAACCUUCUGCCGGGUUCUAAAGAAGGCAGCCUAAAUAAACCCUAUUCGUGUAUAAAGUUAAUAUAGUUUCUCCGAGUAGUUUGUCAAUGGCUUUGUUCAUUGCAAGAAAGCAACCGGGUAUGACUUCUGUCUGAAAGUUUGGAUUUUCGAAACCCGGCCAUUUAUUUGAAGAAUAGCGCGAGCAUGCGCAAAUCUUCCCUUUGUGCCAGUUAACAAAUGAAAUGUUUAUUUUGUUGACAAAAUAUCACUCACUUUGCCUACAGCCGAACUUUGGUCUACUCUUUGACAUUGACGGUGUGUUGAUGCGCGGUUCAACUCCGAUUCCCGAAGCAAAGGUUGCAAUGGACUUGCUCAAAGGCAAGGAUGGAAAGUUACGCGUGCCGAUUGCCUUUGUUACAAACUCCAUGUCCCCACCGGAGGCAAAGACUAAACACCUGGAGACCAGCUUCAACAUACAGGUAAGUUGGCCUGAGCUGUUGGAGUAUCCCUGGUCAGAAAUUAUAUAAUUUCUGUGCAACCCAAGCAACGAAAGUGCCCUCAGGUACGUCAGCAAAUGGGUUUAAGCCACCAGCAGGGCAUACGUUUAGUCAUUAGUUAUGACUAUUGUCCGCAUUGCCUCACACAUUCAGCCAUCACAUGGGCCUAUUCGUUCGCGUGUGUGUAUGUGUGUGUGCGUUUGGGAGGUCAGGUUGUGCAUGUGCGCGCGCAGACGGGUUCUCUGGUUCUGUCAACUUCUGUGCCUACUCCCUCCAUCAGACAACUGACCAGCACGGAUAAUUGACUGGUGCCUGGAGAGAGCGAGAUUGACAAGCUCAGUGUAAACAAUCUGACACGCUUCAGUCUAUCGAAGUGCGCUAAAAGCCGUGACUUGGAAGGUUGCCAACUGGUGGGAUAACUCGGAGGUCGCAGUCAGCCCACUGUGUGUAUAUCUGUGGAGUAGCGGACUCUUCGAGUGGAAGCUAGACUGCAAUGACUCCUUCUUAAUGUGACCUUUAUGGCAUUCCCACCUGAUGGGAUCGGAGCCGCCCAUCCCGCCUAUUUUGUAUAAACUCCUGGUCAGUGUACGUUGUGGACCAGGGAGUGUGGUGGUACGCCCAGGUGCGAGUCCUCGCCGCCUUGGCCACCUGCACCCUCCCCAACCUCCGGUUUUCUUGGCACCGUGAGAGAGUGCAGCAGAUGUGCGCAAGUCUACUAUCACUUUAGACUAAAUCACACGCAAGUCACCCUCCCUGCCUCCACCAUGCCUUCGAACACACGGUGGACAUCGUCCGUCACGACGGUCGAAAUGCCAGUCAGGACAACUGGUUGACCCGUGUGACCGGGGUCACUUCAGCAUUCCGCGUUACAGUCCACUCAAUUCACGGACCAUGCAGUGGCAUAAUCUUCAGGCGUGACUAUGUGCUGAUCUGACAGACCGAUUACCAGUGAAAGGGUCAUGAACCACAGCGUCUUUCGAAAUGGCGAAUGUUAUCUGUCAUCAGACAAAUCUUCAACCGCCGACAGCUGCAAUUCUGGCAAAUUAAACUAGUGUGCUGGACAGGUGGACAGAGAUUCCCAAGUUACAAUACAGGAAAUGUGAGCAAACGCGUCUCCACGAAACGCCUUUACGAAACCGUUGUUUGGAUUUUUGAUGACCAGAGAACCGUGGCCUGAAAUCUGACUGGACAAGUGGCGCAAAUUGGAAGAAAUUGUCAGCAAAUGACAAUACUUUUGUGCGAAACCGUCCUCACGGUCCCCGAGGAGGUCUAUGUGUCAUAUUCAGUCCAGGUUCUUUUCCGACACAAUUCAUUCUUCCGAGAAACCUUGUUUUCUCUAGUUCAAGGACAUACUAAAGUGGUGGCUAGCCGUUUCAUCAACUUUCUUGAACGCGCAUAUAGCACGAGGACCACGCUCCAGCCCACAUAUGUAGGCCUGGAUUUGCUUAUCUGACCCAAUGAUUGAAAAUCAAGAAAAAUGUUAUUUACCGAGCCGUAUGGGUUUUUAAAAUCCGUCCAAGAUUCCAUCAGGGGAGGGGGCGGACCCAGGAUCUUUGGUUGCUGGUUACAGCUUGCCCGCAGAAGUCACUUUUAAGAGCUCAUUUGAUUAUCCUUCAGCAACUAAGUGGCAUUUAGGUGUUCAAAACCAAAGAGACGUUGAACUGGAAGUGAACCUUUACGAGGAGUACCCAUCAAGCACAAAAUGCUGUAGACCACCCACUUGAACCCCGUAUAGUCCAAGGGCUAGAGCGGAGCAAAGAAAAGUCAACUUGGAUGGCAAAAUGUUCUCAAACAGGCCCAAGAGUGCAGAUCACAGGCAGUGUGGAUAAUACGAGUGGUCGUGUGCAUUGGCGAUUCAGGAAAACGUUUACGCAUUUGUAUAUUUCCAUCCACAUGUGAUUUAUCACACUUUAUAUUCUGUAUCUUCCCCCGACUUUUCCAUCGUCAGCAAUAGCUGCGUGGUAACCACGCAAAGUGCGCUAUAGAUAUUUUUUCUUCAAGCCGUUUUUUGUAAUCAUUUGCGAGGCUGGCUACUCGCAAGAUUAAUCUUGUUACUAUUAGAAUGACUCCUUUCCAAGACGCACGUGGCGGCAAUCAGAGUGAUAAAGACUGGCCACGCGGUAGAUGCGCUGGACCAUCACGGGCAAGGGUAUGCUAUGUAACCUCCUGGGAACACCGUGAUUGACUAUGCUCCUAACACCAACCAUGACCAUGGCUGUACUGGGCAACCCUACCCCGUAACCAGUAAGCAUUUAAUGAGAACUCGAGCGUAACCGCAACCUUAACCCUAGCCCAGAUACCUAACCCUAAUUCUAAACUCCAACCCUAGCCUCAACCGCUAAUGCGGACUAUAACAUAAGUCUGACAACUUUGGCCCUGGGAAUGACCCAACUGCUAAUAUUAACCCUUACUCUAACCGUAUCCCUAACCCCAACCUUAAGCCCAAUCGGGGCAAUUUCGACGUCUAUAAUGCUAGUGAAGAUCAAAAUCCCUGUACCACAUGACCCCUUCGACGACCCAUUGUCGGACAAACCGUUAUGAACCAUAGAAUGGCAUGACUGGCAAAGACGAAGGAGACUGAAGUGCAAAUUUCUGGUUUAUUAGGCGUCGUUAUCCAACCAUACUUAACCCCGAGGUGUGCAAACCCUGGGGCUUGAUCUAGCGACGUGUUGUAUCCAGCUGGUCAACGCUUGAACUUCUUCACGCCUCCUUCGCAAGUGCUCCCACAUUUGGCCCCUGUUGACAUUCUUCCUUCCUCCUUUUUGUAACCCUCUUUUUAGCGUGAUCGGUGUUCUUUUAAUUAACUGGUUUUUGUAUUCUGACCUUGAGCUGGGAAUUCGAUUUGCUCGAACAGUAUUAAAGGAAUUCUUUUUCUUGGGUAUCCAUUGUUGAGGUUUGUCCGUUUUUUAUUAUUACCCUAUUCUAUCAAUAAUAACGGAUAAACACGUAAAUCUGUCUGGCUUAUAAGCGUGACUCAAUUUACCAAGAAUUCUACACGACCUGUUGGUUAAAGGUCCAGUUUCCUGGUCACUGAGCCAGGGAUCAUUGUUUUAUCGGUUACGAUGGGGUAUAUUAAAAUGAUAGAGGGGCGCUCACCGAUCGUGCUACAAAACUCACUCGCUCCGUUGUACCUUGGGAACACAUCACACCUACCUAGAUAUGAUAAGGUGCGUGACUGAAGAAUCACCCAGGGGGAGGGUUACAUACCCUAUCCUUACCGCCUGGAAAUACCAUGCCAUAAUUCACGAUGCAGCUAAACGAUGUUUCUAUUCCAGUCAAAGUCGCCAAGCAGGACUUUAUGCCCCUAUCAGAGCUCUAAGUUUUGUUUCAACCCGUCUUCCCUCCAAUACUGAGAGCUGGAAAUAUUUGCAUUUCAGUGGGUCGGUUUGUUUCACUUAGAUUGCGAUACGAUGAGGAAACUAAUAUUUGGACUCAAAAUUUGUUAGUGAUUAGAAGGGUUAAUCAGUGUUAAGGAUAUAAAAGAGUAAGCUGGAAGAUAGGUUGUCAUCUUACUACAUUUGUUUGCAUUGAACUUAAUCGUCUUUCAGUGGUUUGAACGAUUAUGCUUUGACUUCUCAACAUACAAUUUUUUCCUGAGUCUUUUACUUUUCUCUUGUAACCACAGUUAGAACCGGAGCAAAUCAUAUUCGCUCCCAGCCCCCUCAAAUCGUUUGCUCAGUGGCACAACCACAAAGUCCUCGUCCUGGGUCAAGGUAAUGUUACGGAAUGGGCGAGGGAUUUGGGUUUCACUGAUGUCUACACAAUGGACCAGGUGGCCAAGGCCUACCCGCUUCUUGACAUGGUUGAUCAUGAAAACAGGAAGGCUGUUGUAAGCGGUCGACAUUUAGCCAUUAACUGUUUUCUCUUGACAACUUUAUCGGUUGAAAAAGGCUGCUCUCAUGUUGCAUUCUUUUCACGGAUUAACUUCAACAUCGAUCAAGCGUUCCCUUGGGGCAGUAGCUGAUAGGAUACAUUCUAAUUAGAAUGCCUUAGUUUGGGAAAGUUGGAGCUCAAGUUCGGAAAAUUUCAAAAUUUUCUGAAUUUCGGGCUGUGCAUUCCUCAACUGGCAUAUGUUUUUAAAGAAAAGUCGGAUGUACGCUUUUGGUAGAACGAUAUAUUUUGGAUAGCUUUCGCGUAAUAGGUAAUAGGUUCGACCCAUCUUAUAUCACGUACCGUUGGACUUUUUAAAUUGCUUAGGCGUCGGUUACAAGUUAAGCAGUCUACGCUCACACCAGCUCGUAGCUAAAGCGAGGGAUUAUUCAACUUAAAAGUGCAUUAUUACGAACUAACUCAAAUUCGGUUCCAUGGCAUCCGACAUGGGCUUCCCGUAUCACUGGCUGAUUACUCAGGAUAUCGCACAAAUAAAAAUUCUUGCGUCCAGCUUCUUUUUUGACGAUACAGCGACCGUGAAGUUAAUCAGGUGUAAUAUUAAUUUGCGAGUCCAUGGAAACUAAGGCCCAUUGAUUUCACUGAAAUUCAGACCUAAGGUCGCCGCAUUUCGGAACCACUAGGUGAAUUUUAUCUCAGGAAAAGAGCAGAAAGAAUACAUUCACAACUAUUGCACCAAUUAUGUAGCUGGGAGGACACGAAAAUGAAUACUCCUCGUAUUACAGGCGGCUUUGGGCCAUAUUCGAAGGGGUUCUGGUACUAGUGUUAGGCUGCGGAUUAGGAGGGUUAGGACUAGUUGGGACAUGGAAAUAUGUAGCCAUGGAAUUCAUCACAAGGUCACCUGCAAUAGGAUGGUGUCUUAUUCCAAUGUCCAGAUAUGUAUUCUUAUUUCAGAGUGCAUGCUUGUGUGAGCUCAGACUUGAGAGACGUCGUUUGUAUUUUCUUGCGUAAUCUGUUUAGAACAAAAACAAUAACAGCCCAGUUACUUGCCUUCCUGUUGGUCCCGAGGAAUAGGCACAAUUAUUACAUACGAUAUGACAAUCAGAAUCUACUUGAAGUCUGGUUCAAUGUUUCUGUCUCUGUCACCUACUGAAGAUGUGCAGUGAGUGACCGAUCUCAUGAAAUGUUGGCCGAUAUUCUGAAAUGCGUUUUCGAUUAGGAAGGAUUACUUGGUCGCGUUUGUAAUACUCCUUAUCUUGUGGCAUACUCAUAACAUUUCGGACUUGGCAGGAUGUUGGCUUUUGAAUACACUUCUUUUCAAUCUCCUGUAGAAAGUGUGCUCGGUAAAAAAUGACUACUUAAGUAGCAUGCAUUUUUCCCAUCGAUUUUCGAUGGUCUUGCAAAUUCAAAUAUAUUUUAUAGAAACCAUAAACAAAAUAUGAUCAUAAGAGUAUGCCGCAAGAUAAUCAGUAUUACAACCGCAACCAAGUAAUCCUUCCUAAUCGAAAACACACUUCAGAAAUUCAGCUAACAUCUAAUGAGAUCAGUCACUCACUGUAUGUUUGCCGUUAUAGGGGUAUGCAGCCCUCACCAGCACUCGAUAAAUUUUCCGGUCUUUUAAACUGUCUGCUCUUUUACUUCAAGUGGUUGUAUUUUCAGGUUCAGCCUGUAGGAGCUACUCGCUUUUUCUGAAAAUAUUUAGAUCCUGGGUACCUGAUUUUCCAUAUAAGGCGCGGAAGUUGAGAGAAAGUACUACCUCAACAUGCAACUUUCUAGAGUAAAAGACGAGUUUCGCUGUGUGUGAUUGUAAAUCUAUUGAGCAAAGCACGUACCUAGCUUUGGAUUAAAUAACGUAAAACCGUGUUGCUUAACCACUUUUUGUCCGGACAAACUGACCAUUUUUAUAAGUGGGUGUAGUUACUAAAGAUUAGAGGAGAUAUUUAUUUUUUAACUCCGAAAACUCACGCCAUAGACACUAUUGCCGCUUCACAUGCCACUGGUUAGCAUCUGUGACCUGAUUUGGCUAAAAUUGAAAGCUGUCUAACCCAACUGUGUUGACUGUUAGCCAGAGCCGCAAUAAAAAACAAAACGUCCACCCCCUUUAUACAACCAGGAUGGAUUGGUGAACUACAAUCCGACGUGACUGAAUAUUCCCGGUCUCAGCGGGCAGGAGUUGUUGCAAUUACUACCAUAGCGCAGCUGCAAACAUGCCUAAUCUCACGCAUGCGUACUCGCAAUAUUUUUCGAUGUCUUGCCUAUUUUCGUAGUAGCUAGACACCGGCUCGUGAAUACAUGUAGCAUGCAAGAUCAAAAAAUUACCUGUCUCUGGUCAGGAUAGUACUAUAGAGCCGAGAAUGCAGCAAAAACAAAGCGGCGCUCUCGCUACGACUUCCUCAUACAGACUCCUCGUUAUGUGCGCAAGGUGAGAUAUCCCGGUAAGGUUUAUUCACAAGGAUUCUUUAAACAUGUUAAGAAUGUUGUCGUCAUAGUAGUAAUCGGUAUUUCUUUAGCCACAGACUGUAGAUGCUAGUGCUAGGCCCCAUUAACCCAGAAAAUAAUGUUAAGCGUCUUGCCGACUCUCUCGUACUAAUCAAAUGAACAUUUUAGGCAAAGGGCUACACGGAGGACAAGGACUUCCCGCGAAUCGAAGGUGGGUCUUCCAGUCUUUCACACUUUUCCGAUUUACGGCCCCUUCAACUUACUGCCCUCCACACUGAGUACGGAAUAAUCUAUUGUUUGGUUAACUUACAGCAAUCCUACUUCUGGGCGAGCCAACGCACUGGGAGAUGCAUCUUCAGCUGCUUAUUGACCUUCUUGUCACCGACGGUAAGCCAGAUCGGAAGCCGACGACGUACCCUGACAGUCAUCUUCCCAUAAUUGCGUGUAACAUGGAUCUCCUCUUCAUGGCUCAAGCCUCAAUGCCCAGGCAAGUGACUUAGGCGAUUUGAUGCGAGUUACAUUGCGUCUAGACUAUACUCUGAUCCGUACCUAUCACCCUGCUGCAGUCGACUAUUGACCGGCCAUUUAAAAAAUGCCAUUGUGCUUAAAUGCAUGUGCCAGGUUAUUCAUCGUAAAGGCAGCUAUUUCCUUCCUUAUCGAGCGAAUAAUUGUCAGGGUUGGAGUCAUAAUGACUGCUUUUCUCAAGGAAAGACCACCGUUUGUGCAUACCUUGAGGUCAUCUGUGCGUAAGACGUUCUCUCUUUUCCUGCAAACUGUCCCGGGUUUUGUCACCAACGUCAAACGGAAACUCGAAUUUUUAAAACACCCUUCAAAAAUCCGGUAGUGAGGUCGGCGAAAUAUGGCCUCGUAGGAGAUAAAUAGGCGUAAUUGCUCCCUACUAAUUAACUUAGAAAAGUUCGCAGGUAUAAGAGUUUGUGGCAUCCAGAACAAAUGAAAACUGAAAACGGGACUGUUGUUGUUGUCAGUAUCAUGACAAUAUUGCCUGGUUUCAUUGAGUUGUAAUAAGCAUUUGAUGAUGAGAACAAAAGUUGGGCACAAUUCUUAGAAAUCUUAUCAACGACACCUAUAUUCAGCAGAAGCCGCUGCGUUUGCGUAGAACAUGGCCAGAGGCGUGGUCGUCUAUAUUCUUAAGGAAAGAAGAUACUAUAGACUCUUAGUUGUUACUUAUAGGAGAAAAUACCUGAAAAAUUGCUGCCUUUAUGGCCGUUUAUAUAUGUAACGCACUUAACAGUUUGUUUGGCCCUUUUGAUCCAACUGACGUUGUUGCCUAAUCUGAAACCCGCCUGCAUGGGAAGAUGCCGUGCACUUCGUAAGUCGCAGAAGAACAAAAUGGAGAUGAAAAUAUGCAUAAGUUUGUAACAAUGUUCAGUUAUGUUUGUGUCAUCACUUCCAGUCAGCUUUCUGCGGAGACGUUAUCAAAUUCAUCUAAGAAAAUAGAUAGUUAAGGCGGAAGGUAACUGCUCUUCGGACUUGAUGACUUAUCAACAGUAGGCUGUUAGAAUACUCUUAUAAAAAAUGAUAAUUUCUAGUCCCUAGCAAACACUUCUUAUCUAACAGACCCAUUUCUUGCAGCAAGCAGCGUUUACUUAUUCAGUCAAAAACGCAUUCCAUGUGCUUCUUACCAAAGCGGCUUCUUUUGACUUGUGUUGUUUCCGUUCCUCAUGUAGGUGUCGUUUUUAAUAUCACUCCCACAUUACGACACCAGGAGCUGGAUGUUUUUGAGCUCAUGAGUAAAGUGUUUGUCAAAAUGCAAUAGAAAUUUCUCCCUCUCAGGUAUUCUGCUAAUAGCAGCCGAAUCCGUCUUAAAGAUGAACCUCAAACUUGAUCCGCAAGAAUAAAUUAAAUUAGACUUCGUCGUUGUCGUCUGUUUCCAUGUUCGUUUAAAGAAACGAAAACUGAACAUCAGGUAUAUCAGUUUUUCCGCUGUUAAAGCGAAAUUCAGGUGGAUUCACCAACUUUUAAUUACGCAGGUCCCGUCGAAAAAACAACGAUCCUGAAAAUCCUCUCAAAAAUUUGUGAGCCCAGAGAAAUGAGAUGAUUUUCUUUUGGAUAUGCUAGUUUGUUUGGAUCGUAUCACAUCAAACCGUACUUUCACAGUGUUUGCGCUAUAAAUAAUGCAUGCGCUACGGAAUUUGAGACCCUGGAAUCGUUUUUUCACUACUGUGCCUAUGUGUGAUCAGACUUUGGCAAAAAUAAAAAGAUUUUAAACAGAGGUUCCUAAUGGCGUUAGAAUUCUGACUAAAAUUGAAGUAGCAAGUCAAUUUCCAUGAAUUUGGAGUUUGAUGCCCGGACGAUUUAUCUCGUAGUGAUUGUUUUAGUUACACACAUUUUCACGAAUGUUGGUUCGUUCAAACAUUUCCGAUAUUGUCGGUAGAUGCCGAACUAGGCUGAAGUGUUUUCAGAAAAAAAGUUAACCCGUGCCUUGUGCCCUGACCAGUUUACGUUGAAUGUGUCGGUCUUUUUUCUACAUUUUUCGCCCGCGAGAUCGAAGUAUUUACUCUAGGACUUCGUCUCUCCGUAACAGCGGAGCCCACAGAUUUUACUGAGCAGGCCCUUUUUCGACCAUGCACGUGAUUUAGUUAAUUGCGAUCGUCUCACUGUUUACUAUAUUCCACUUUUUUACAGAUUCGGACACGGAGCAUUUCUUGUCUGUCUGGAGUCGUUGUACGAGGUAAUUCAAACCUGAUGUCAUCUCGCUUUGUGUGCCUUUUUGGAUAUUUCAAAAACUCUGCUCUUCGAGAGUUUCAGCAUAGCAAUAUAACGAGAAUGCAGAUUUUAUGUGUCGACUACCCUUAUCUCAUAGUCUCAAACUUUUGAGCUAAAGUGCAAUGGCAUUGUUGGAUUUAUUUGGGCAGGAAUAAGCUGCGUUUUAUUAGUAACCAUAAUGUUGGUCGAGUUGCGUUCUAAAUCAAAUUUCUCAUCUACGGAGCAAAAACAGUCUCACGAUUCCGUGGUUGCGGCAUGGCGACAACGUUCAAAUGCAUUGAGGAAAAUUUCCACAGGGAUACCAUUACAAUAAAUUCGGUUAAAAUGUUUUCGAAACAUAAUCGGUUUCUACGGUAAUCGUGCGCCUUGUCUUCUUAUUUGACGCGUAUUUCGAAAGAGCAAAGAUAAAGCAGGCGGGAGAGAGUAAAAUGUAUCUUCGACUGUGCAAAACGGGGAAAAACCCGAUACAGAGCCUUAUAUUACAGUCCUCUAACAUUGAGCAGUUUUUCGAGGGAGCACUAUAGGUCGAUGGACGAGGUAAUUCGAAUAAAGAUGAUGAACUAGACGAUCAGAAUCCUGUGUUAGAUUUCCAAAAAUGGCGGUACUCAACUCGCUAGGGAUUCUUUGGUUAAGCACAAGAUAUAUCUACUUCCUUUGUGCGCGCACCCCAUCCUCUCUAGGUAAUCCCCCUUCCAGUAAGGUGAAUACAGUUGACUAAUAUACCUACUGACACCUUUCUUGAGGGUAUUUGAGAAAAAUUUAGCGUACUACAGGAGUUCUGAGAGAUCUUCAAUAUUACCUUUCAACUGCGAUCACCCGGUUAAUUUUUAGGUUUUCGUCAUUUUAUUGAUAUGUUUCGAGGUUGUGACCUCCAUUUAAGCAGCUUUCCGCGUCUGUGGAAUAGAAAAACUCAGUGACACUGACGUUUUAGGUUAUUUCCGCGCUCCCAAGAGCACUGCCACCCAAAGCACGGUUUUCCCAAAGGUGUACAUAAUAUCCCCGUGAUCGUAAUUAAAUCAAACGCAGGCCGCAAAACUUUCAAAAUAAUAUGGCACAAUCAAGAAAGUAAGGAGUCUAAUUUAUAAGUAGUACUAAUGAGGACCGAAGAAAAUGAAGUGGUGAUUUCUGGUUAGUGUGCCAUUGUCAGUCAGUCAUAUUCCAGUCCCUGGUGACAAAGACCUGCAGCUUGAGGGAAGUCGUUGAUUUUUCAUUAGUGAUCAACUGAGUUGGAUGUUAUGCUUCUGCUCUGAGAAAUCGAUAAUUUUAGAGACACAUAAAGGCAGGGUUCUGCGAUCCGGCCUGAUUUCAGGGAUAUUGCGAGCAGAAAUGAGAGCCCUGGGUAGGUUCUCCAGGCCACUGCAGAAGGCUCCUAUUCCCUUAGUAGGCAGGCCAGAUCUGUGAUCGCCGCGCUUCUGUGACUUGGAGUCCGAGGACAUUUUUUUUCUCCUACCAGACGUAAAUAAAGAAAAUUAAUUCAUGGAAUAUGAAGUGUGUAUAUGGCAAUAUUAGUCGGCAAGAGUUUGCAUACUACCGAUAUUCUCUUAAUGAGCUUUUUUAAAUCCGGUCGUGUAUGUGCUUUUAUCUGCCUCAAAAACCCGUUUUAACGCAUAUUAUUUCAUUUUAGCGAGUGACAGGACAUCCCCUUCGAUAUACCGCAUUGGUUGGGAAACCCAGCGAGAUCACUUAUCGUUUUUCGGAACACAUUUUGAGCAAGACAGCCCUCCGCAUGGGCUACACGCGCCCAAUAAGGAAAAUUUACUUUUUCGGGUAGGUCCAUACCAUAAUGUAGCUAGUGCGCCCUCAUAUCUACUAUAAUAUCUAUUGUGUUCUGCGCACUUCACCUUUUGAAAGAUCAUUUAUUCUAAAUAACGUUUAGUUGUCAAUCGUUAUUCACUAAUUGAACUUAAACAAUUGGGGCGUCAGAUGGUUGCUCAUUUCGCUGUAAGAAAUUAAAAACUCACCUCUCCACGCCUAGGGACAACCCCGAGGUGGACAUAUUGGGCGCCAAUCUGUAUAACAUGUAUCUUCGACGUUAUCGUCGUUUAUCUGGUGGCCGUGAGGUAGCUCCCCCUGAGCAAGGCAAGUUGGACAAAAAGGCAGCAGUUGCCUCGUCUAGGACGGUGCCAGCCGACGCAGCCUUUCUUCCUCAGACUGCCCGUGGUGUCGAAUGUGAGUUGAUUUGUCUAAAAUGUCGCCUACCGCCCAGUGUACACUCUUCUUGUCUUAUUCUCGCUCAUCUGAGUCCGUUCUCCUCCCGCUCCUUCCAGAAUUUCUUUUUUUCGAAGAUUUUCGCCUUCGCUCCCAUUGUCUAGUUCUGUUUCACUUUAAUUUUAUACUGCUCAUUUCGGCAUAUUUCAAUCUGUUGACGUGGAGAGCUUUAUGGCAUAAUUUCAGCUGUUCUGGUGCACACUGGUGUCUACAAACCAGCUGACCGUGAAAAGCGUCAAAGAAAUCAGCCGCAGAAUUGUCAUCGCGACUUCCUUGGCGCCACCGACCUGGUGCUGCCCAGUUUUGAAGUUGCUGAUGUGCUGGAGGGUAUGAAGCUCCUGCUGUUGGAAGAACACUUCAACCCAAAGCUGGCUUAA